AUGUCUUCCCACGUACCUUUGCAGCCAUUCCGAUUUCUUGAUCUCCCUAGCGAACUCCGCAACAACAUCUACGACCUGCUGCUCUGUUCAUGGGACAGCGAGCUCGAGCAAGACCCAGAUUGGCUCAGCAACCUAAGCAGGCGGUGUCCAAGCUACUCUGCGACCGCCCUCGUACGCACCAACAAGCGAAUCCAAGCCGAGGCAUCAGACUACAUGAUCAAACGCAACCAGUUUAUACGCAUCACAUGUCGGGGUCUUGAUGUGCGCAAGCUGUUCCUCGCCGACGGGAUUCCAGUAAUCACAACCGAUGGUGGGAAAGUGAGCCAAUUCAAAGGCUACGUAAUGCACAUGACGCUGUCCAAGCCGGCAUCAACGCCCUUUGUAUUCGACUACCCCGACUUCGAAAUCUUGAUACUGCGCUCUGACUUGCCCAAACUAUGCGACCAGCUCGACUUGGAAACCGUCAUGGAAGAUGUAAAUUCAACAACAAAAGAACACAUCUCUCUGCGCGUCGAAAUCAAACUCAACUACUCCCUCGCCCACUUCCUCACCCCAAAACUCCAACACCACCUCCUAAACCCCGUUACCAGCCUCCGCGGCCUUCCAAACCUCCACAUCCUAGACCCAGUCGACCCCACCCUCUCCCAAACCCUCACCACCCAAGCCGCCCAACCCCGCUGGACGAACCCCACCACCACCCUCGAACAAAUCCACACCGCCAUCACCCUCGGCAACAACCACCACUUCAACCCCUACACCAGCGCAACAACCUGGUCCUCCGCCCUCCGCACCCUCAACCGAAUCCGCCACUCCACCUCCUGGCACCCCCUCUCCCAAUCCGGCGGCCUAGAUUUCAUAAACGAAACCGCAAACCUCUACUUCACCCUCCACCUCCUACACGCCCAAUUCCUCACCCUCGAUGUACCAUCAACCCCAACUAUCCCAACUACCCCUUCCCCCCCUCUCCUCACCCACAACGCCACAGCCGCACGCCACCACCUCGCCCUCUGCGACGCAGCUGCUGCCCGCUUCGCACAGCAUGCGGAUGCCACGUGGCGUCCGGCUCGGGAUCAGCGCGCGAAGAUGCUGUUUUUACAGGCGAGGUGGAUUCGUUUGAUGGGCGAGGUGCAGAGGUGUGACAAGGCGGUGCGGAUGCUGGAUUUGGCGCUGCGGUUGGCGCCGGGGGAGAGGGUGCUUGGGGAGGAGAGGGAGGUGGUGGGGAGGUGGGCUGGGGAGGUUGAGAGGGCGCGGCGGGGAGGGGGAAGAGGGGAGAGAGGGGAGAGAGGGGAGGAAUGGGUGGGGAGGAGGGUUUUGGCGGCGGUUUGGGGGGUUGUGGGGGGGUUGUGGGGGGUGAGGUGGAGGUGA